AUUGGGCGGUGACGGAGUGACGUUCAGAGCGUGGGCCGCGACUCUCACGGAUCCGGUUCCGCCCUCCUUCUUGCUGUCGACCCUCCGGGGCUAGCGCUCGCGAUCCCUUUCCCACAGUGCUCUGCGCUGUGAAGAAGCGGCUCCCGGGGACUGGGGGCAUUUUGUGUUGGUUGGAGCCGGAGUAACAAGAUGGCGGCGUCGGCGGAGUGACAGGGGUCCCUCCGGGCGGGAGCCGGCGGCAGUGGUGGCAGCGGUAUCGCCGCCCUAGCUUCACCGCUCUCCUUUUCCAGCCCGCGGCGUCGCCGGGAAAGCGAGGCAGCGGCGGCCGCCAGAAACAAGUGGCUCAGCCUAGUAACCGCGAGAACUCCUUCAACAAUCUGCGGCCUGGCCAAAAAACCUGACAGCAGCGGUGAUCAGGUUCCCCUUGGCCGAUUCUGGGCCCUGUAACGCCGAAAAAGAGCCAUCGUUUUCUGUUGCCUGCCGCUCUCCACAGCCUUUCCGUGGUCGAGCCCUAGAGGCCUCCAUCCUCCCCUUAGAGGUGUCGGGGCUUAGCCCCAGCCUCCAUCUUCGUCUCUCAGGAUGGCGAGCAGCAGCGGCUCCAAGGCCGAAUUCAUUGUCGGAGGGAAGUAUAAACUGGUACGGAAGAUCGGGUCUGGCUCCUUCGGGGACAUUUAUUUGGCGAUCAACAUCACCAACGGCGAGGAGGUGGCAGUGAAGCUAGAAUCCCAGAAGGCCAGGCAUCCCCAGUUGCUGUACGAGAGCAAACUCUAUAAGAUUCUUCAAGGUGGGGUUGGCAUCCCCCACAUACGGUGGUAUGGUCAGGAAAAAGACUAUAACGUGCUAGUUAUGGAUCUUCUUGGACCCAGCCUUGAAGACCUCUUCAAUUUCUGUUCAAGAAGGUUCACAAUGAAAACUGUACUUAUGUUAGCUGACCAGAUGAUCAGUAGAAUCGAAUAUGUGCAUACAAAGAAUUUUAUACACAGAGACAUUAAACCAGAUAACUUCCUAAUGGGUAUUGGGCGUCACUGUAAUAAGUGUUUAGAAUCUCCAGUGGGGAAGAGGAAAAGAAGCAUGACUGUUAGUACUUCUCAGGACCCAUCUUUCUCAGGAUUAAACCAGUUAUUCCUUAUUGAUUUUGGUUUGGCCAAAAAGUACAGAGACAACAGGACAAGGCAACACAUACCAUACAGAGAAGAUAAAAAUCUCACUGGCACUGCCCGGUAUGCUAGCAUCAAUGCGCAUCUUGGUAUUGAACAAAGUCGCCGAGAUGACAUGGAAUCAUUAGGAUAUGUUUUGAUGUAUUUUAAUAGAACCAGCCUGCCAUGGCAAGGACUAAAGGCUGCAACAAAAAAGCAAAAAUAUGAAAAAAUUAGCGAAAAGAAGAUGUCCACACCCGUUGAAGUUUUAUGUAAGGGAUUUCCUGCAGAAUUUGCCAUGUACUUAAACUAUUGUCGUGGGCUGCGCUUUGAGGAAGCCCCGGAUUACAUGUACCUGAGGCAGCUAUUCCGCAUUCUUUUCAGGACCCUGAAUCACCAAUAUGACUACACAUUUGAUUGGACAAUGUUAAAGCAGAAAGCAGCACAGCAGGCAGCCUCUUCAAGUGGGCAGGGUCAGCAGGCCCAAACCCCCACAGGCAAGCAAACUGACAAAACCAAGAGUAACAUGAAAGGUCUAAAAGAUGAGAAGUUGGAUCCGCUGAGUUAGUAUGUUUCCUUGGAAAAAAAAUUGUAAUUAAACUGAAGUUUGAUCCUUAUUUUGUAUUGUAGCCAUUUUUCAUAAAAGCAACUUAAAAUCUUGUAAAAAUUUCAUAGCAUUCUUAGACACUGGGGUUGUACAAAUAUCACACAAACAUGAAUGUUUCAUAAAACAUACCCCAUACCACCACAGACUACUAAGAACAAAAUUCUUUAACUUGUUUUAUUUGGGAUAUAAAACUUAGUGCCCUAACCACAUCUUACACAAACCCAUCCAUAUAUAAAGCCAUGAAAGCAUCGCAUGUUUGAAGGUGGCAUGAAAUGGAGAAUCUAUUCCCCCUAACUAACCUCUACCCACAGUUCCGUUAUCUGGGUCAUCCAGUAAGAAAUCUCCUGUGAAGCCUGGAGUUUCUAAGUAAUAAAGGUGUUUGAAGGCGUCUCUUCUCUUAGGAUUCCCUACUGUAAGUUUUUAGGUAAAUCUCUGUAUUGCAAGCACAUGCAUUCCUGGGAGGGGGGGAAUCCCCCAAAUAGUAGCUUUUACUAAUAUGUUUUAUAUAAUAAUAUUGGAAAAAUCCACGUCUAGUAUUUCUUCCAUCAAAAGCUAUAACUUGUUUUAGCAGUUGCCUAAGAAUGUGCAAAGACUUCAAAGUCUGACUUAGCUAAGAUGGACUUCCUAUGUGUAGUAGACUUCUAUUUACUUUUGUAAAGAAAAGAUCUUUUGAAAUACUCCAUUUCAAAGGCCAUCGAAAGACUAAGAAACAAGGCAUCUCCUGUAAAGCUCAUUGUGAUCGCUGCUGUUUUUAAGUGCUCAGGUGCCACAAGACUACAGUUACUGUUUUUAUACAUAUUAUAGAGGAAAAGAAAAGAUUUACAUCUGGUACACUUCCAAAUGCAUUUCCACUCCCUUUUCUUUUUUUUUUUUCCACUCCGUUUUCUUCAACUGUAUUGAUUAUAGGGAAGGUACUUUUAAGGACAUUUAAGACAUAGUAAAGGAAAGAGAAAUAUUUUUAGAACAUUCAGAAUUCACCUAAGUUCACUGUUUCUUUAGUAUAGGGCAGAGAUGGGGAAAAUUGCAGAAGGUAGUGAAGCCAAAGGUGGAUCCUCUCAGAAUUCUAAUAUACUCAUCAUCUUAACCCAUCUGUUUACUGUUCCACUGGCUACUAAGCAUAAUUGUAUCAUAGUGUAAAUGGAUGUCAAAUGGUUGGCAUUUAAUAGAUUAGAAAUACUUUUCCCAUCACAUUAUGCUACAUGUCCGUGAUCUUCCUUGAAUUGCCUUCCAGUAUUUACUGGGCUUCACUUACCAUUUAUGUCCAGUUUAACUUUUUCUGGCUUCACCAAUUGCUGCUAGGAACGUGGCUGGUCAUUCAGCAACGUAAACCAGAUCACAGGGGAAGACCUUGAAAUAUCUGGAGAGACUGCUUUGCUCUGAAUACUCUCAAUCCCAAAGGAGUGGCAGGGAGCUGCAUCUGUUUCAGCUGCUGCUGAAAUUUUUAUCAGGUUUUUUUUCACCGUGGACAAUAAAGCUGGAGAAAAGAGAACCAAAUAACCCAACAGGAAAUGAAGAUGAUUGCUUAAGAGUUGAUUUGACAUGAUCUAAAGCCCACAUCUCUAAGGCUUGCUGGACCUAUCAAACUUUUCAACUUGUCAGAUUGGAAACCACAGAAGACCUAGAACAACAGUCAGAAGACCUAGAAGAGCACAGUGCUGCCGACUCGGUGGUGUAUAAUGCAGACCAUCUACCAAUUGGGGAAGCAAUCAGUUGUAACAGGAACAGAUGGAUUCAUUCCUUAUUUUAACUGUUGUAAUGAAGAUGGGUUUUGGACUUUCAGAAGCCAGGAGACACCACCUGAACAACUAUAAGACAAACCAAGGACUAAUGCACACUGGGGAAAAGAAUACUUGAAGAUUGAAUACCUGCCGAAUGCUCCUAUUGAGAUUUUUCCUAAACAAACAUCUGUAACAUUUUAGGACAAUUCACUGGAGAAACAUUUAUCUCUGGAUGGAACAUCCUACCAUUGGCCCGUCUGAAGAGUUGAAUCUGGAUUUGACUCCUCUCUUCUACCAGGAAUAUUAUUAGGCCAGCCUUUAACCGGUCCCUAAACAAUUGUAAUCAUUAAUUAACCCAGCAGUUCUUCAAAUAUAAGAUUAAAAAGAUGAACAGAUAUAAUUCUUAUCCUCAUUAAAGACAAAAGAGUUUUCUAAUAUUUUGACUGAUGAUGUAACUUUUCUUUUUAGUUUGUUAGUGGUUUUUAUUUUAAAGCUGUUUGGAUAUUCAGCAUAGUACAGGUUUGCCCUCUACCUGAAAGUAGGGUGUUUUUGAAGCUUUUCCAAAGCUACAGUGGCAUAAAGUGAAAAAACCGUUAGCUUAAGAUAAAUGUUGCUGAUACACUGAGAUAAUGCUUAGAUGCUAGCUGACACAGUUCAGAGCUGUGGCAAUUUAAGGGCUGAGAGCAGUUCCCAGGGAAAGAACUUGGAGGUGCCGUUCUUACUACUCAAGGUGCAUACUGCCUCUAGAUCAGCUGUGAAACACUGAACACUAUUUUUGAUUUUGCGUUUUUUUUUUUUUUGUAAGAACAAAAUAUCUUUGAAUUUCUUCUGGUUAAAAUAGGUUCUAAUGUAGAUCUUUCCUAUAUCAAGUGGCAUACAGUGAACUUUUGAAAAGUAAGGGGGACACUGGUAAUUAUGCACUGUAAUGUAAUCGUGUAAGAAGCUAUGAUAAAUGAAGACCCAGCAAUCUUAGUGGCUGUGAAAACAUUUUUAUUGUAUUUUUCAAUAAUUGCAAAAAAAAAAAAUUUCAAGACUUGAAGCCAUCAGGUACUCAUCAGGAUAAGGCUUAUUGCUAUUUAGCUAACCCAUAGUUUCAAUUUGUUUCAAAAUAUUCUGUAUUUUAGCAUUGAAACUAAGUUAAAGCUUAUGGUCAGAAUUUUUUUAAAUUCAGGUUUGGUCUGACAGCCUUUUUGUGGUUAUACUGCUAAUCCUGCUUAAUAUGCAUCAGCAAGGUGGUAUUUGUUGUGAUAAACUACAUUUCCAGAAAGUUUUAUCUUUCAUUUUUAGCAUUUACUUUGUGAACUUAGUACUAGGAUGGGUACCAAACGCCUAUUUCACACCUAUUUUGUUGUUAGGUAUUAUGCAGAGACAAAGUACGUCUUUGUCUUCAGAGCUUGUCACAAUCUAGUUUUUAGGUGAAUAAAGAUGACUUUCUGCCCUUAAAUGAAAAAACAAAGACAUAUAUGUAGAAAAAGUAAAUUACAGAACUGUUUCAUUUAUCGCACAAAACCUGUCGGAGAUGGUCCUAAAAAGAAGAACCCCCCCAAAAAAAAAAA